ACACGCUGCCGGGUGGAAGUCGAUCAAAGCUCAAAGCUCUUUCGAUUUAAUACGUCUUAAUUUAUUACUAUUACAGCACAUAAAAUAAGAUUUAUAAACUUUCGAUUCGUAUGAAAAGGACUAGUAUUUUUAAGUAAUAACUAAGUUUUGUGUUAGAUUUAAGUUAUAAAAUGUAACUUUUGUUCAACUUUAAUGUAAUGUGAAAAGGAUUCGCGCAGUUUUGAAACAGAUGAACGUCGUUUCCAGCCGAGCGAGCAUGAAUUGAUCAAAAUGUCUGUAAUUAUCAUUCUGACGGUGAUAUUAGUAAUGAGCAACGCAGGCGUAGGAGCCAAGUCAGCUCAAAAUGAUUCUGUAGGCGCUAAUUUACCAUAUAAUACUAAUGAAACCACCGACACAGCAUUCCAAUUGAAUAUAGACGAUGAAACUGAUAACGAUAAUGCAACUGCAAUAGAAAUAGUAUUUAAAGAUUCAGAAGAUACUAAUGUAAUACACAAAAAAUCCUGUGAAGUAAUAAAUAAUACUUUGGCAGACGAUCCCGCUGUUAAUGCGAAAAUACUCGGAUCUAUAUAUCUAAAUAACAUAUAUUCAAGAGUGACCACAAAUCUCAUAGAUGAUAAAGUGUCCAUAGACAAAAUUGAGACAAAUGGUGUUAAUUUGUACGAUUUGGUGACCAGUGAGUGUGGUAGUGCCAAAGUGUGCCCCAGUCUGGUGGCGAAUUGGACUGAUGACAAGACAAUUACCAUUGGAUUCCUAGGCGCUUAUGGUCGGAGUCAGACGGUACUGGGUGCUAUGCCCUUGGCGGUGGCAGCUGUGAACCGGGAACCUAGUCUAUUGCCUGGGCUGAAGCUUCGGUUCGUCGCGGCCAACAUCGGGCAAUCUCGGGCUUCGUUGCCCAAAGACAAGGACAGCCUUACCAUGAGAGUAAUGACUCAGAUGCGCGACCUGGGUGUGGUGGCUUUCUUCGGACCAGACAGCACCUGUCAUACUGAAGCUAAAUUGGCGGCAGCGUGGAAUCUCCCCCUCAUAUCACAUAAAUGCACGGGUGCGCGCGGCUCGCACGAGUCAGGAGGACUCGGCGCCACGUUCGCACGAACCUUGCCGCCAGCGUACAAAGUGAGCAAGUCCGUUGUGGCACUUCUGAAGGCUUUCGGCUGGACCAAAUUCGCUAUUGUGGUCGGUGACGCUGUCACUGCUGCUGCUCAGCAGAUGGACGCUAUCAAGGAGCUGGCCCACGCCAAUGCCAUGGCUGUGACCGCGGAACACAGCUUCGCGGAUUACAUCCCGCUACACAUCUCUGAUAUGGAGCGGAUCGUGGACCAGACUUACGACAAGACUCGGGUAUACGUCUUCCUCGGGGAACAUAUAGCGCUAGUGGACUUCGUGAAUAUCCUCCAGCGACGGGAGCUGCUGAAGAAUGGGGAGUAUGCCGUGGUGGCAGUCGAUGACGAGAUCUUCGACCCCAGCACCGCGGCCAUGACGCACGCUGAUCAUCUUGGACAAAACAACAGUAACGACAUUAUGGGAUUCCGGGCUGUCCUCCGACUUACGCCGUCCUUCCCGACCAAUCCACAUUACUCGAUACUGUGCCAAAUGAUCCGCGAGCUGUCAGCUGCAAUACCUUUCUGCGUGCCAAAUUACCACAAGCUGUUCGAAGACACCUCGGUGCCAAUCGAGGCAGCCCACCUGUACGACGCAGUGACGCUAUGGGCCCGCGCAGCCACCGCUAUCAUGAGGACAGGCCUUCCAGCCACCGACGGAGCGACCCUCAUGAAGCUUCUACGACCCACCAUCUACAGAUCUGUGCAAGGGUUUGAUGUGAACAUGGAUAGCGCAGGAGACGCUGAAGGCAACUUCACAGUGAUCGGACUGGUAGCAGACCCAACAACACUCAGUGGGUGGAGCGCGCAGCCUGUGGCUACCUUCAGAUAUACCAACUCUUCGGAUCUUCUACCAGAGCUGGUCGGCGGAAGCAAUAUACCUUGGAUAGGGGGAAAGCCGCCUGUUGCCGAGCCCCCCUGUGGGUUCAACGGGGCCAAAUGCUCCAUACCCCACGACCCUGGACUCUUGUCAGCGGUUGCAGCAGUCGCUGCCGCAGCGAUCCUGGCUGCCACAUUGCUGUUCAGACAUUACAGAUAUGAACAGAAAUUGGCGUCUGUUUUAUGGCGGAUUGAAGCUAAAGACCUGACGUUUAUUUCCGCCUGUACUAAUGAUAAGAAUUCGAUACCUCAAGACGUAGAGACGCGCCGGGCACACACCACUAUAGCCCUGUACCGGGGGAAUAUCGUGGCUAUCAAGCGACUGCAGAAGAAGAGCAUAGACGUCACCAGAGCCAUCAAGAAGGAGCUGAAACAGAUACGCGAACUCCGCCACGAAAACCUGACGGCUUUCGUGGGAGUUUGCAUCGAGAGUGGGUCAGCGUGCAUCGUCUCUGCUUACUGCUCCCGCGGGUCCUUGGCAAGAGUCCUGGCAGACCGCGACCUCCAUCUUGACGAUAUGUUCGUCGCUAGCCUCGUCGCUGACCUGCUCAGAGGUCUCACGUACCUUCACGAGUCGGCGCUAAUCUCCCACGGGAACUUGACCUCGAGUAACUGCUUGGUGGACAGUCGAUGGGUGCUACAAAUCGCUGAUUAUGGGUUACACAAUUUGAAAAGUGGUUGUGUCGACUCAGAAGGUGGUCUCCGCAUGGAGAGGCGCAGUUUAUGGCGAGCUCCCGAACUGCUUCGGGACCCCAACGCCCCCUCGAGGGGGUCCCAAAAGGGGGAUGUGUACUCCUUUGGGAUACUGCUAUACGAGAUCUUAGGCAGGAACGGACCUUGGGGAGACACCAAUCUGACCUACGCAGAAAUUAUAGGCCGAGUGCGUCAGCCAAUAGGAGGGGUGCUGUUCAGGCCUCCGCUGGGCGGGCUGGUGGCCAGGCCCUCCGUGUUGGCUGUCCUCAACGCUUGCUGGAGCGAGAAGCCCGAGCUAAGGCCUGAUCUGAGACUCGUCAGAUUGCGGCUCAAGGAUAUGCAUGCGGGCAUGAAGACGAACAUAUUCGACAACAUGCUCGCGAUGAUGGAGAAGUACGCUUCGAACCUCGAAGCGUUGGUCCAAGCAAGGACCGAGCAGUUGCUUCGGGAGAAGCGAAGGACAGACGAUCUACUAAAUCGAAUGCUGCCUAGAACAGUGGCAGAGGCUCUGAAGAGAGGGGAGCGGGUGAAGGCGGAGAGUUACGACUGCGUCACUAUAUACUUCAGUGAUAUCGUCGGGUUCACCAGGCUAGCGGCUACGAAUUCUCCUAUGCAAGUUGUGGAAAUUCUAAACGACUUGUACACUUGCUGUGAUGCCAUCAUAUCAUUUUAUAAUGUGUAUAAGGUGGAAACAAUAGGCGACGCGUAUAUGGUGGUGGGUGGCCUGCCUGAGAGGUGUUCAAGACACGCAGCAGAAGUAGCUUCCUUAGCUUUGCAUGUGUUGGAUGCUGUGCCUAAAAUCCGGAUGAGACAUAUGCCCGCUGCAAGGCUACAUAUAAGGAUAGGUAUACACAGUGGGCAGUGCGCGGCGGGCGUGGUGGGGGUAAAGAUGCCUCGAUACUGCCUCUUCGGAGACACUGUCAACACAGCCGCCCGUAUGGAGUCAAGCGGUGAACCUCAGAAGAUACACAUCAGUAAUGACACGUACCUGCUACUGAAGCAGCAUGGCGGGUACCACUUUAAAGAAAGAGGGAUUAUUAAUAUCAAGGGCAAAGGCGAAAUGAAAACUUGGUGGUUGGUUGGCGAACAACACGAAAGGAGAAGGAACUCUUUGUGCAGAAUUCAACCGAGCCAGAUAUCAGAAGACAGUCAAGACGAACCUUGGUGGAGUCCGCACCGCUCCAUCCUCAACAUACGCGACAGGGCCCGUUUGUCGUGUGGGGGCUCCUUGGGCCCAGGUUCCGCCCUGUCGUCCCCAGGGCCCCCCGCGUGCGCCUGUUUCGUCGCCCCGAGGGACCACCACUCCGCUCCUGUAGUCUCCUUCUGUGAAGACUGACGCUAACCUGAAGAACGCGUUUUCUUCUGGGUGAGCGAGACAGAAGAUAAAAAAGACAGGGACAGAUUGAAGAGGAACAGGAUUAAGCCCAAGCAUGACGUUAAGUAUUACUUAGAGGAUGGUGCGAAGUCGUAUAAGAUGAUUUAUGAGUGUUGGUCUGAUGAUGUGAAGGAUGACGGUGCAGCGAGAGCUCGGGACUUGGCAGCUCUACAGAGGUUAUAUUCUAUUGAGUACGAUUUUUUUUAACCCUGAAUUUCCUGAAAAGGGUUUUCAUCUACACCGUGUUUAAAUUUCCUGCCCAUUUCUGAGAUUGUUAGCUUAUUCCAAGAUCAUUUUAAGUUGAUUGAGGUAAGUUUUGUUUGUAACAGAAUAACUCAUGCUAUAAUCCGAAGCUAUAGCCCUCUAAGGACUCGGCCCCAUUGUUCCGUCGUGCUCCGUUGCGUCGACAUAGCGCGUUGCUGCUCCGUGGUUUUGUAUAGGUUUUGACCUAGACGCGCUUCGACGUAGCUAUAUCGAAGCUCAACAAUACCUGCGGUGAUUCGUCGACCGAACGCAACGCAAUGGGCCGGGUCCCACUUUACUUUUCUUGUAGGUGUGUACUAAAAGUACCUGAAUGUCAUUAUUUAGACAUUAUAACAAUUCUCAAUUUUGUGUCUGGCUUUUAAGAAAAAAAUUCCUUAGACUUCUUAGCAUUUAAUGCUAACAAUUAGAAAACAAAUCACAAAUUACUUUUUAAUGUUUACCCGAUAAAUAACUACAAUUUAAUUCGUCAGUAUUAUAAUUUUUAAAGGAACUACGGGCAAUAAAAUACCCGCAGUCCUUUCCACGAAUCUGGACUACAGACGAUAAACGAAAAGAUACAAUGUAACCGUUUAAAUAUAUAAAAAAAAUGACGACCUCACGUCAUGAUGGAAAAUGAUCUCUUUUUCUGAUUGGCCCGGGUCUUGGAUGUUUAUCUAUCUAUAUAUGUAUAUGUUAUAAAAUAUAGUAUCGUUGAGUUAGUAUCCCAUUACAAGUUUAGAACUUACUUUUAGGCUAACUCAAUCUGUGUGAUUUGUCGUAAUAUAUUAUAUUAAUCUAAUCUGACGCUGCUUCGAAUUUCCUACAAUUA